AGGACUGGAAGCUGUCAAUGUCUCAAACAUUGUAGAUAAGUAAAACCCUGAGUUUCAAACAGUGUCGGGAAGAUAAGUAAAUCGCUUGCAAGUGUUGAGACAUUCUUUGGUUAUCUAAAGAAUGUGGAGGCCCGCUUGCAGAUGUUAAGUAUCUAAAGACAUGUGGGGGUAGGAGUAGCCAGGACUUCGGCCUUCAUCCCAGCAACCCCCAGGAAGCAGAUUACAACCACCUAGCAACUGCCAGCACCGGACCAGCCGACAUGGAGGCAGGGACUAGAGACUGUAUAAAAAAGGGAACCCUUCUCCACUUUGGCGCGCGCCCAUCACCGGAGGAUUGCCACGCUCGUCGCCGACAUCGCGGGAAGAUUGCCACGCUCGUCGCCGACAUCGCGGGAUCCAAGGGUGGUUGACAGAAGCCCAUCGUGGGACUUAGGGUUUCAGUUGUUCAGCGGGUCAUUCUUUGCAUUGUUUGCCUGAUCCUGUUAGGCCCGUUGCUGUUCUUUAUUAGGGAAUAGAUGGUGUGGGGAAAGUUUAUAUUCUUACUUUGUGAAUGUAUAAUCUUGUCUCAAUCAACGGGGAAUCUGAAUAACCAACCCAACCUGGCAUGGGAAUUGAUUACUGGUUUCGUCCGAAUCUGGAAUCGGACAGACCAAGGGUUUUGCGUGGACCUCCCUACGUCCGCGUCAGAGGGUCUCAAAUUUGCCGUUAUUUGGUUAAAUCUCUCACGAGUGUUAAAUUCAAAAUUAGAAAUGUUAAACCAAAAGUGUAUUCAGAAUACUCUCUGGAAGGAACAAUGUUUGUGGGGGAUUGACUACGCACCUUCUCUGGGGUGGGAAGCUGACUACAUACCCUCUCCGGUAGCCUAUAAGUUUCCAGUUAACACGACCUGGAGGGAUAUGUGGAAGGCUACAUGCUGGAAGCAACAGCUCUGCAUAGGAACUAUGAGUGCUACCCUUGCAGCCCGAGAGGGUUGGACAGCAUGUCCCCAGGAAGUGCAACUCCCUUGCAUGUCUGUACUGAAUUCGAAGUGGUGUCCCCGGGAGGAGGAGAUCCCUUGUAAUCUGGUACGUUGGUGGGACCCUCCCCCUCACGGUGAACCCCUACAACAUGAAUAUAAUGUUCCGCUAUCCCCAGGUUGGUGUAUUCAAAUUCCUCGCAGAUGGGGUAGCUAUGCCCACCAGAAUCGUUCUCGCUAUGAAUACGCUUGGUCCCUUAAGCAUGCUUUACGUGAUCCAGACAAUAUAAUUGAUGUACGGGAAAUAGAUCCCCUACCCUAUAAGAACACCCCCUUAAUGACCUGUUCACGGACCAUUGAUUGUAAAUCGUUAACAUGGGACCCUAUAGAAACAUGGUAUGUCUCAGAAUUGCGAACUUUCAUUCGGGAUAUGUGUACUUGCUGGGGUUUUCCGGUACCAGGAUUUAAACGUAGAGACCCCAGGUGUAAAGGGCCCAUUACCAGUCGAAAAACUGCAUUAAAAUGUGGAGUCACACUUACCCACGAAACCAAGUGGAACCUUGUGUGGAAAGGAGGAAUCGGAGUAACUAAAUCCUAUGACCCAUUAACGUGCUCCACUAUGAGAUAUCCAUCCCCUCAGGGCACCUUUUGGGCAUGUUCGAAUGGGAAAAUGUACUCACACCUGCAUGUACAUGAAAUGGCAGGUUUACGCUGUACCAUCGGCGUUCCAACAAUGUGCCCUUCUAAAGUGUUCAAUUUCUCAGUGCCCCAUCAUAACAGAAGGCGCCGGGAAAGUGAUGGACCCAAGACGCGACCUGAGUGGGCAGUGCAUGGAGUUCAGGUGCCUGAUUAUUACACCUGGGGCAUGACAACAUCUCUGAUGUUGGAGAAUAUAUUUACCCCAUAUGUGACGCUUAAAAGGCACCAAUUCGUUUUAGAAAAUCUGACCUGGCAAGUACACGUCCUAAGCAAUUGGACCCGUUAUGCUUUCGGGGAAACAAAUUUACAGGUUCAACAAGUGUCUAAAAUGGCUUUGCAAAACAGAUUAGCUUUAGAUAUGUUAUUGUUAAAGGAGCAAGGUGUAUGUGGAAUGUUAAAUCUCACCGAUGGAGAAUGCUGUCUCACCAUACACAAUGCAACUACCACCAUAGAAGAAGCGCGAGAGAAGAUGAGAGAGGUAACAGAGAAAACCGGAGAACUUUUUCAAGCGAUGCAGCCCAAGGAUCGGUUUAACGGCUGGGAUCCGAAAACUUGGCUCACCUCUCUUGCAGGCUCACUGGGACUUACAGGUUGGGGAAAAUGGCUUGUAAACAUUGGUCUCAUGAUACUGUGUGGAUUUUUAUUUUUGAUAAUGGGCCUUGCAAUAGGCAGAUGUAUGAUCUCUCGCUUGCUAUCCCCCAUUACAUCUAUUCGUCAAGUACGGAUCACAACGGUCGAAGAAGACCUUAGGGAAAGUAACUUUUGAAUAUUGUUAUAAUGUUAGGGCUGUGGGUUCCUGUUUCACCUAUUCUUGUUACUCUUACUUUGUGUUUCCUCUUUUCUGCUGUCUGUAAAGUCGCCACCCUGGAUGAGGAUUGUAUGGACAAUGUUUGAGCCACGGGGUGGUGUGAAGGACUGGAAGCUGUCAAUGUCUCAAACAUUGUAGAUAAGUAAAACCCUGAGUUUCAAACAGUGUCGGGAAGAUAAGUAAAUCGCUUGCAAGUGUUGAGACAUUCUUUGGUUAUCUAAAGAAUGUGGAGGCCCGCUUGCAGAUGUUAAGUAUCUAAAGACAUGUGGGGGUAGGAGUAGCCAGGACUUCGGCCUUCAUCCCAGCAACCCCCAGGAAGCAGAUUACAACCACCUAGCAACUGCCAGCACCGGACCAGCCGACAUGGAGGCAGGGACUAGAGACUGUAUAAAAAAGGGAACCCUUCUCCACUUUGGCGCGCGCCCAUCACCGGAGGAUUGCCACGCUCGUCGCCGACAUCGCGGGAAGAUUGCCACGCUCGUCGCCGACAUCGCGGGAUCCAAGGGUGGUGACUAUCUCUUUUCUUCCCCCCCCCUCUUUCUUUUCUUUUUUUCCUUAUUCCUCUCUUUUCUCUCUUCUUGUGAACGUUUUGCUGCAACCCACGCUGCCCACCGUUAUGCCUUCCGCAGUUUGGAUUGUUCGAAUAAAGCGUUCAAAGUGAUCGUUUGGUGUCGUUUCACCUUAAUUUAGCCCGGGGGAAUCCCAGAACCUCUACGGCCCUCUGGUCUGUCCGGUCCGGGUCGUAACAACAUGAAAUCAUUACUUUAUGAUGGAGACAUGACACAGAACAACUUCAUAUAAAAUGUUAUGUAAAUGUGUAAGACUUAAUACUGAUGGAUACUUUAGAAGACUUAAGCAUUCACACAGAAGUCUUCAAACUAUUUCUCUGGGUAGUAUUUCUCUUUUCAGCACCGAUACGACAGAAUCAUUUUGGGAAGCACUUGAAGAUUCCUGGAAAUAGCUCCCAUCUGUUAAACGUAAUACUGCGUCUGCUUUCCAGUGAAGACCUUUGAAUAAAACGUUUUAUUGCUUUAAACAUA